GCCUUCUAUUCCAAAUCUUCGCCGAUCUCUCAAUCUCCGAUCAACCAUGAGCAAAGGUCCAGGACUCUUCACCGAUAUCGGCAAAAAAGCCAAAGAUCUGUUGACGAGAGACUACAAUUCCGAUCAGAAAUUCAGUAUCUCCACUUACAGUGCCUCCGGCGUGGCCCUUACGUCUACUGCUCUGAAGAAAGGAGGAGUUCAUGCUGCUGAUAUUGCCACCCAAUACAAGUACAAGAAUGCUUUGUUCGAUGUCAAAAUUGACACUGAUUCUAGUGUUUUGACAACAGUCACACUCACCGAGAUCCUCCCAUCAACAAAAGCCAUUGCCUCCUUCAAAGUCCCUGAUUACAAUUCCGCCAAGCUCGAGGUGCAAUACUUCCACGACCACGCAACAGUUACCGCUGCUGCAGCUUUGAAACAAAACCCGCUAAUUGACAUAACAGCUACUCUUGGUUCGCCAGUCAUCUCAUUUGGUGCUGAAGCUGGAUAUGACACAACCUCCAAAACUUUCACCAAGUACAAUGCCGGGAUCAGUGUGACAAAACCAGACGCUUGCCUUUCCAUAAUAUUGGGAGACAAAGGAGAUUCACUCAAAGCAUCUUACCUACAUCACUUUGAUGAAUUUAAGAGAACCGCAGCAGUUGGUGAGGUUUACAGGAAAUUCUCGACAAAUGAAAACACGAUAACGGUUGGUGGAUUGUAUGCGAUUGAUCAUUCGACUUCAGUGAAAGCUAAGCUGAACAACCAUGGCACACUUGGUGCUCUUCUCCAGCACGAGGUCCUGCCCAGAUCACUAGUGACUGUUUCCAGUGAGAUUGACACCAAGGCUUUAGAAAAGCAUCCAAGGUUUGGUCUCUCUCUUGCUCUCAAACCUUGAGAACAUACACACACUCACAUCAGACCUGCUUGACCCGAGAGUUUGCGUUUUUUUUUCCCUUUUUUUCUUCACGUUUAGUUGGAAUCAAUAAAUAGUUCCGCAGUGAAAUUGACGGAUAAUUCUUUUUUGGAUAUGUUCUGGUUUUUUGACAUUUCUUUUUUGAUUUAAGCACUAUUCUUGAAUACACUCAGUGAUUUUUU